CCGGUGAUUCCGCGCAUGCGCAGUGCGCUGCAUUGUGCUGGGCAAGAUGGCGUUGAGUAAAACGUUCGGUCAGAAACCGAUUAAAUUCCAGUUGGAGCAGGAUGGAGAUUUCUAUAUGAUCGGUUCAGAGGUAGGAAACUACCUGCGUAUGUUCAGAGGGUCACUGUACAAGAGGUACCCAUCCUUGUGGCGACGGCUUGCGUCAGUGGAGGAGAGGAAAAAGAUCGUAGCAUCAUCACACGGUUAUUGUUACACAACUUUAGCCACCAGUGUGACUCUGCUGAAAGCGUCUGAGUGCGAGGAGAUCUUUGAGGGGAACGAUGAGAAAUACAAGGCAGUGUCCAUCAGCACGGAACCUCCAGCCUAUCUCAGAGAGCAGAAAGCGAAGAGGAACAGCCAAUGGGUUCCAACCCUCCCCAACAGCUCUCACCACCUGGAUGCUGUGCCUUGCUCCACUACAAUCAACAGAAAUCGCAUGGGACGGGACAAGAAGAGGACGUUUCCCCUGUGUUUUGAUGACCAUGACCCAGCGGUGAUCCACGAAAACGCCUCUCAGUCAGAAGUGCUGGUUCCUAUCAGAUUGGACAUGGAGAUAGAUGGCCAGAAGCUCAGAGACGCUUUCACCUGGAACAUGAAUGAGAAACUGAUGACCCCAGAGAUGUUCGCAGAGAUCCUGUGUGAUGAUCUGGACCUGAACCCCCUGACUUUCGUCCCAGCCAUCGCUUCUGCCAUUCGACAGCAAAUAGAGUCCUACCCCACUGACAGCAUACUGGACGAGCAGACUGACCAGAGGGUCAUCAUCAAGCUAAACAUCCAUGUGGGGAACAUUUCCCUGGUGGACCAGUUUGAGUGGGACAUGUCAGAGAAGGAGAAUUCUCCUGAAACCUUUGCUCUGAAGCUGUGCUCUGAGCUGGGGCUCGGAGGAGAAUUCGUCACCACCAUCGCCUACAGCAUCCGCGGCCAGCUCAGCUGGCAUCAGAGGACGUACGCCUUCAGUGAGAACCCCCUGCCAACGGUAGAGAUCGCUAUUCGGAACACAGGCGAUGCCGACCAGUGGUGCCCCCUGCUGGAGACCCUGACAGACGCUGAGAUGGAGAAGAAGAUCAGAGAUCAGGACAGAAACACGAGGCGCAUGCGACGACUUGCCAACACCGCCCCCGCCUGGUAGAGGGACGGCACUACUACUCAAUAAGCUUAGAGCCUCCAAUGGGCUUCAGAAUCUGCUGGAGCUUCCCGUCACUGAUUAACACACUCUGGGUCACAUUCCUCCAUCCUCCUGACCUCCACAGCCCCAACAUACACACAUUACACACACACACACACACACACACACGAGAAAUAGACGCUGAACCUCAGUGGCAUCUGGCAUCAGAUAGAAAAAGACAUUCAGCCAGAGUUACACUGGGGUUUUCACUUUCACUGAUUCAUGAUUGAGGUGGAAGUGAAUUUCACACUGUAACUGUUACUGUGGUCUGACUGUAGAUGUGGUUGUGAUCAUUGGGACGUAGACACAUCCUGCAGGAGAAGGACAUUUAUGACGUUAUUGUGCUUUUUAUUUGUCAGAAGGUGCUGAGGCAUUCAAUGUAUUUGACUUGCAUUUUUAAAAUAAAAUCAACUUAGUAUUAAA